AUGAAAGUAAUAUGGAAUUCGAUUCACGUUUUGUUUUUUUUUUUUAAUAAAAAUCUUUGUAUGUUUAUCUUACUUUUUUAUUGUUCUGUCUUUGUUUAUCUUGUGUCUACUUGUUUGAAAAUAUAAAACCCCCCUACGCAAUUAUGACUCUCUCUCUUGGCUUGUUAUAUUUUUUUUACGGAAGCUAACAAAAUAUUUUAGCUUUUACUUAUAACGCGACCUUUCAACAACAACGUAAUCAUUAAUAGUGUCGUACAUGAUAUAAAAAAAAAAAAUAUAUAAUUUGUUGUUAAAUUUUAUUAUAAACAUACGGGUGAUUUAGAAAAUUAAAUUGUAUUUAUUGUUGCAUUUUUUUUGACGGAUUAAAUAAACAUGGAAUUUGACAGGAGCUUUUUAAAUGUCAUUAUGUUAAGUUUUGGUUUUAUGCUCGUUUUUACGGCAUUUCAAACAAUGGGUAAUAUUGAGAAAACAAUAUUGGAAAGUAUUAAACAAGAUGACAAAACAUUUGAUGGUGAUGGAUAUCAAAGUUUAGCAAUAAUAUAUGCAGCAUUAGCAGCAUGUAAUUGGCUAGCACCAUCAUUUAUAUCAAUGACUGGACCACGUGUUGCAAUAUUUAUUGGUUCAUGUUGUUAUGCAUUUUUCAUUGGUACAUUUUUAAUACCAAGUUCAACUUUAUUAUACAUUGCAUCAGGUAUACUUGGUUUUGGUGGAAGUUUAUUAUGGACUGGUCAUGGUAUUUAUUUAACUAAAAAUUCAGAUUCUGAAACAAUGUCACGUAAUUCAAGUUUAUUUUGGGCAAUAUUUCAAUCAUCAUUAUUUGCUGGUAAUUUAUUUGUAUUUUUUAUGUUUAAUGAGCCAAAAAUUGAUGAACCAACAAGAAAAUUAGUAUUUUCUGUUUUAUUAAGUUUAUCAAUAAUUGGUACCAUGAUGUUAUUAUUUUUACGUAAACCACCAUAUUUAUUAUCACUUGGUGAAGCUGAGGGUGUAUCAAGUGCUGAUAAAGAAUUAGCAUUACCAGAACAAAAAAAUGAUAAAAAUAUAUUAACAGCAUGGUAUGCAUUUAAAGAAGCAAUAUUAUUAUUUUUAACAUGUAAAAUAAUGUUAUUAUCAUUGACAUUUAUAUAUACCGGUUUGGCAUUGACAUUUUUUUCUGGUGUUUAUUCAUCAAGUAUUGGUUUUACAAUUGGCAUGGGUGAUAAAAGAAAAAGUUUAAUUGGUUUAUCUGGUAUAUUUAUUGGUAUUGGUGAAGUUAUUGGUGGUAUUAUAUUUGGUAUAUUAUCAACAAAACAAAAUACAUUUUGUAAAUUAAGUGGUUGGAAAAUUGUUAUUGUUGGAUUUUUAUUUAGUUUAUUUGCUUAUAUUACAAUAUUAUUAAAUUUACCAAAUAAUUCACCAUUUAAUGAUACAAAUGACACGGGAUUUAUAAAUCCAUCACCAAUAUUAGCAAUGAUUGGAAGUUUUACACUUGGUUUUGGUGAUGCAUGUUAUAAUACACAAAUUUAUGCAUUACUUGGUGUUAUUUAUUCAAAAGAAUCAGCACCAGCAUUUGCAUUAUUUAAAUUUUGUCAAUCAAUUGCUGCUGCAAUUAGUUUUGUUUAUAGUACUCAUAUUGGUCUUCAUGUACAAUUAACAAUUCUAUUUAUAUCAAUGAUACUUGGUACUUGUUCAUUUUGUUUUAUCGAAAUACGUCAUUCACGUAGAAAAAAUAGUUUAGAUAUUAUUAAUCCUGCACUUGCUGAAAGUGUCAGUAAUUAAAUUAAAUUUAUUAUAUUUUUUAUUACAAAAAUAUAAAUGUCAUAAUAUUUUUUUAAU